AGCUCUCUUCUAUCAUCUCCACGUGGACCAAGUUCCUGCCGUCACUGAAGAUGAAGUUAGCUGCGCUGGUGCUGUUGGUUGCUGUUGGAAUGGCCUUCAAUGGUCUGGGCGCUGAGGCUCUCACACCUUACCAAGUGAUCCAAGCUCUGAUGGGCGGUGCUCCUCCCUACUGGGAAGUUUGUUUUGCAUUGGACAGCAGCGGCAGCAUUAGCGAUUCUGAGUGGUCGUGCUCCAAAGGAUCGACCAAGAACAUCCUUGCCAUCAUCAACAACACUCCUGGAACGAAUAGUAUAGCCCCUGGAAAACAUAAGAUUGCUCUGGUACGCUUCUCUACCUGGGCACAGCUUAUCUUUGCCCUGGGGACCCAUUCGUUCUACACUGCCAAUCGCAAUGCUAUUGGCGCCGUGGCGAAAAAUGGUGGUGUGACGAAUAUAAACAAUGCUUUAUUGAAGUGUUAUGGUCAGCUUGGUUACUAUGGCAAGCGCCUCGUCUGGAUAAUGACUGAUGGGCAGUAUAAUUAUGGGGGUGACCCAAGGCCCAGGGCAGAUGCUAUGAAAAAGAAAGGAAUAAUAAUUUGCGUCGUGGCUGUUGGUGACAAUGUCAACUGGACUGUGAUCAACGACAUUGCCUCUUGGGUGUAUAUCCCGAGCCUCCGUCGUUGGGUGAAAUGCGUUAUGAGGUACCACACCUGUUUGGCCUAUUAUCGUGCCUCAUUGAUAUAUUAUCCAAUACUGUCACCGGUGCAACAACCAGUACUUCCCGUCGCACAGGCUGUUCCCUAAAUAUGCAGACAGGAUCCCAGCUGCAGAUGUGUUACGUUUGUUUUCGUUAAUUCUUACUAUA